AUGGAGGAAAUGUUUAACCACAGCGGAGCGCUCAACCGAAGUUCAGUGCUCGAAGACAUCGACGUGAGCGCGGAUGGCACCCCCAUCCUGAGGAUACUCAUAUCGGUUGUGUACUCUGUAGUUUGCGCGGUGGGUUUAGUGGGCAACCUCCUCGUCUUUUUUCUAAUGAGGUUACGACAAGGUCGAAAGAGGUCCACUAUUAAUGUUUUCAUUAUCAACUUGGCAGUGACUGACUUCCAGUUUGUUCUCACUCUGCCCUUCUGGGCUGUGGACACCGCGCUGGACUUCAGCUGGCCGUUCGGAGACGCCAUGUGCAAGAUCGUCCUUUCGGUCACCGUGAUGAACAUGUACGCCAGCGUGUUUUUCCUCACCGCCAUGAGCGUGACCCGCUACCUGGCCGUCGCCUCGGCUCUAAAGAAAAAAGCGCACAGGAGGUCACGGUGUGUGAAGUGGGUGUGCACGGUGCUGUGGGUGGCGGCGACAGUUGCCACAGCUCCAACAGCUGUCUUCUCCACUGUGACUGUGGUGGCUGGCGAAAAACUCUGUCUCCUCAAGUUUCCCGAAGGACACGACUGGCUCGCCCUCUAUCACAUCCAGAAAAUCUUGAUCGCUUUCAUUAUCCCCAUGCUCAUUGUCUCCGUUAACUACCUGAUGCUGCUGCGCUUCGUCAGACAGAGGAGCAUGGACAGCAGCAACCCUAAACGGAGAUCUAGAGUCACCAAAUCUGUCGCUAUAGUAGUUUUGUCUUUCUUCUGCUGCUGGAUGCCAAAUCAUGCCAUCACCUUCUGGGGCGUGUUGGUCAAAUUUAACGCAGCAAACUGGGACACGUCGUAUUACAUGGUACACACCUACGUGUUCCCGGUCACCGUGUGCUUGGCGCACGCAAACAGCUGCUUAAACCCGGUGCUUUACUGCCUGAUGAGGCCGGAGAUCAGGAAGAUGCUGAGCGGAUUGUUUUGGAAAGCCUCCACUCCGUCAUCCACGAAAGGUUGCGCCACGCGCUCCUUGACACAGGCAGAAACCCAGGGAGCUACGCCUCUCCAGAUUAUAGACAAUGCGGAGUACACGCUGUCCAUCAUAGACCGUAAGGGUUUAUCAGCCUCUAAAGUCCUCCCGUAUACUCGUUAACUGUAGCCUCGUGAUAAACAAGACGACGCUUUGUGGUCCACCUGUAGAUGUCUUCAUUACGCGUGCGUAAAACGCUUUCGCAUCGGUCCCAGUCUAAGUUUUUGGAUGGGUUGCAUCGCAGA